AUGGCGACUACCAGUCAAACAGAGCGACUACCUGUCGAAGUCGACAAACCUACGCCAUACACCUACAGCCUAGGCCAACUAUGCGCGACAGACCCAAAUCCACUUCCACCAGCAAAGGACAUUAUGUCCCAAUCGCCCUCUUCGAGAAAUGAGACCCUGAAAGUCAUAGCUAGAGACGGCGCACAGUCUCUGUUACGAACCCUCCUCACAUCUUCCGAAACACAAAUACAAUCCACUCCAGACGGUCUCGUCAUGAGCUUACCUCAUGUCCAAGACGCAGACAGAACACCGCGGUGGAAACCACUCCCUAAACCCAAGGAGCCUACGAAGUGGGAAGCGUUUGCUCGGAAGAAGGGUAUAGGCAAGUAUGGCGGAAAUCUCAAAGGUGGCGCUGCACUGGAGGACAGGCGGAAGAAUGCUGUCUUUAAUGAGGAAACCGGAAAAUGGGAGAAGAAGUGGGGCUACAAGGGCAAGAAGGAAGAAGGAGCUGUUCAAGCCGACUGGUUGGUCGAGCUGGACGACAAGCAGAUGCGCAAAGAGAAGGGUCUAGCUGAGGGUACCACUAUCAGGAAUGAGGGAAAGAGAGAGAAGAUGGAGCGAAUGAGACGGCAAGAUAGAAGAGAGAGGUCGAAUGCGAAGCGACAAAAAUGA